AUGUCCGAACGAAAAGUCCUCACCAAAUACUACCCGCCGGAGUUUGAUCCCUCCAAAAUUGCCCGCACCCCCAAGCAUCUUCGUCCUACCGGCCCAAAGACCAUCCCAGUCCGCCUCAUGGCCCCGUUCAGCAUGAAGUGCACUUCUUGUGGCGAAUACAUCUACAAAGGUCGAAAGUUCAACGCCAGGAAAGAAACCACCGAGGAAAAAUACCUGACCAUUUCUAUUUAUCGCUUCUACAUUCGUUGCACGAGAUGCAGUUCUGAAAUCACUUUCAAGACCGACCCAAAGAACAUGGACUAUUCCGCCGAAAGGGGCGCCAAGAGGAACUUUGAGUCCUGGCGUGAUUCAACAUCCGCCGAGCUCAAGGAGACUGACGAAGAGAGGCUGGACAGACUGGAAAGGGAGGAGGCCGAAGACGCCGAAAACGCUGAAAGAAACGCCAUGGAAGAACUCGAGGAGAAGAUGGAAGAGAGCAAGAGAGAAAUGCAGGUCGCGGAUGCUCUCGAUGAGAUCAUGCAGAGAAACGCUCGCAUUGAGCGUGGUGAGAAAGGUGGUAAAGAAGACGAGGCUCUCAUCCAAGCCGGGGAGCAGGCGAGGCGAGAACGAGAAGCCCAAGACCGCGCCGAUGACGAUGCCGCUCGAGAUGCCUUUCGCGCUAGCAAUGUUGAAAUGGUCAAAAGAGAGGAGCAAACACUUGACAACGGUGACCAGCUUUCGCGGGACAGCGACAAAAUACCCGCAGCUGUAUCUUCCUUUGAGAGAAGCAAAAAGGUGAAAAGACCUCUUGUUCCAGGCUUGGUUCGCAAGACGGAACAGCCCAAGGCAUCUUCGCCUCUCACCACUGUCAGCAGCCUGGCUUCAACUGCACUUGGACUCGGAGACUAUGAUUCUGACGACGACUAA